AUGUAUCGCAAUUCCGCACAUACUUUACAAUCUUCUUUCCUCAGAUACACCAUCUCAGCCACAUACUAUCACAAUGCCGUUGACCAUGAUAUACCAGAGUCCAAAUUUUUAACCAUAUACCUCAAGGUCGACCGGAACCUGCCGUACAUAAGCGUGCUUGUUCUCCUCGGCUCGCUCAUGCUGCAGAAAGUGCUUACUGUUGACGUACCAACUGCAAACUUAUUGCACAACUCUUACAUAGUUUUGACUGCUUACCUGUGCGACCGUGUCUUUCGACGUUUGGACCUCCCACCAUACCCUUUACCAGAGUCACCAGAGAAGAAGUGAAUUGAUCGAGGGCCAAUUUUUCAACGGCAUUUUGAGGCUUGAUAGGGAAGGGGGAACUUACAUUCUGAGCGUUAUGCCGCGAGAGGGAGGCGAGGAGUGAAACUUUGUGAUUGAAUGGCGGUGAUAUAUAACUUUGUACUUACAGUGAGAGCAUCAUGAUGCUCGUACGUGCCAUAUUUCUACCUAUGUAGCUCGUGGUUAAUAUAGACAACAGCACACAUAAAUUGAAUGAAAUUUUCAACCUUAAACCAACACAGGGAAGUUAU